AAACAAACUUGAUAAGAAGUAAUCGAGCGCCCUCUGGUGUGUGAUGAAGCGUCUCACGCUCAGGCAAAAACACCUGAAUUUCAUCACCAACAGAUCCAAUUUAUCAGUGAUCUGCGUUUUGUGUUUUUCUCGCUGUUUACAGAAAGUUCGCCCAUUUGUAAACAAACAUUUACGACUGGGGCCGUGCUGAAUUGUCCAGGCGAAGAAAGGGUGCAGACAGACUUUCUCCCCACGCCGUUUCACCUGAAUAGCAUUUAUGCUGGUUGAAAUGACAAACUGCUUUGUCGAAAAUGAUUCUUUAGCUUCAAUCAGUCUGUCGGAAAUAUCCAGCUCAUCAUCUGUGUCUGACAGAGCCUGUGUUCACUGGGGUUGUGUACUCAGUGACUCUAAGACCACAGCUGUCUUUCAAGCGGAAAAUGAUCUUCUGGAGAAUCAGUUUUUCAUCAAAACGAUUAACAAAGGUCUUACGGUGUGGAACGGCAUGAGGAUAUGUCUUAGUGAGGAGGCAGGAGAUGAGAUGCAUAUUGUGGCCGUCUGUGAUAGUGUCGGAGCUUCCAAACCAUUGCCAAUUGCAACCCUCCGCCACUGCAUGCCAAUGAUCAGUUUUCCUAGUUUGGAGCUUAUACCACCUGUCACAUUUAAACUGUGCUCUGGUAAAGGACCUGUGUUCAUCUCUGCUCAGCAUAUCACAUUGAAUCCCAUUGAAAUGACUGAAGGAGAAGAGGACGACGAAGAGGAGGAUGAAGAUGGUUAAAUGCUAGUGACGAGAGCUUAUUUUGACAUUUUGAACCAUGGAUCCUGUGUGACAGCAAUAUGCUCAUUGUCAAUAUGUUUCUAAAGUAUCACACUGUAUUAACUUCAAGAGUUUUAAUGCUAUCGAAAAACAAUCUUGUAAAAUAAUAAAAUGAGUGUAAAUAAUACCACAAUUUUAUAAGUAUUUUUCCCCAUCUGUAGACUGAGAUAUCCACACCUAAUAGAACACAAAAUGUUAAAUAAAGAUACAACUGACUUGAAAUAAAGUAUAAUGUACAAUGCA